CUCGUGUUUUCGAUCGCAGCUGGGCAAGUGAUUUUUCUUUCGUUUCGCGAGUGUUAUUAAUUGCCAGGCUAAGCAGCAAAUAAACGAAAUAAACCUUCAACCCGAAUGAACAUGAACACCCGGGGCUUGCUGCAGCGUAGCCUAAAAUUUAUAAGCGGAAAGAAAAUUCUCCCUGCCGCUCCGGCUCCGGUACGGCAAAGCAGUUCGUUCAUCGGCAGCGAAAGGUGUGUCCUCUGUCGGCACCCGAAUGAUCCAUCCACCGGCAGUAGUCGACCUGGAGCAGUGACUGGUUUGUUUGUUCGGAGCCCUGAUCUCUCAGUGGGUACCAUAGUUCAGCAGACAAGAUCGAUUAGCACUAGCGGUGCACUGUUCAGAGCAGAUUAUUACAACGUCCUAGGCGUUGCGAAGAACGCCUCGGCCAAGGAGAUCAAGAAAGCUUACUACCAGCUGGCGAAGAAGUACCACCCGGAUACGAACAAGAACGACCCCGAUGCGAGCCGGAAAUUUCAGGAAGUUUCCGAAGCGUAUGAGGUUUUAAGCGAUGACACUAAACGUCGGGAGUACGACACGUUCGGUCAGACGUCCGAACAGAUGGGCCGCUCCGGAGGAGCGUCCGCUCACGGUCCGCAAGGAUUCUCGCAGAACUGGCAGUUCCGCAGUACCAUCGAUCCGGAGGAGUUGUUCCGGAAAAUUUUCGGCGACGGUGGCUUCAAGGCCGGAUUUGAUGAUUUCGCAGAUUCACGGUUCGGUUUUGGCGGCGCUCAGGAGGUUAUGAUGAACCUAACCUUUGCCCAGGCGGCACGCGGUGUGAAUAAAGACAUUGAUGUUAACGUGGUUGAUACGUGCCCGAAGUGUCAGGGUUCGCGAUGCGAACCGGGCACCAAACCGGGAAAGUGUCAAUACUGUAACGGCACGGGGAUGGAAACGAUUUCCACUGGACCGUUCGUGAUGCGGUCCACCUGCCGGUACUGUCAAGGCACUCGGAUGUACAUUAAGUUUCCAUGUCAGGAGUGCAUCGGAAAGGGACAAACCGUGCAAAGGAAGCGAGUCACCGUUCCGGUGCCGGCCGGUGUCGAGGAUGGACAAACCGUGCGGAUGAGCGUAGGAAAUAAAGAGUUGUUUAUUACUUUCAGUGUGGAAAAAAGUCGUUACUUCCGCAGAGAAGGUGCUGAUGUACACACAGAGGCCAAUAUUUCUCUAUCCCAAGCGCUGCUUGGGGGCACGAUACGUGUGCAAGGUGUUUACGAAGACCAAACGAUUCAGAUUGUCCCUGGAACUUCAUCCCAUACAAGAAUUACUUUGAAAGGAAAGGGUUUAAAGCGGGUCAAUAGUUACGGAACAGGUGACCAUUACGUUCACCUGAAGAUUCAAAUACCAGCGAAGCUAAGCAACAAACAAAAAGCAUUGAUUCAGGCUUACGCUGAACUAGAGGAAGACACUCCGGGCCAAAUCAUGGGCGUGACGUUCAAAACCGACGGUAAGUCAUCGAACAGCUCUUGUUUUUCCUCCACAACUUCUGCUUCGUCGUCGUCGUCGUCCUCGUGGUCAUCCAAUUCCGCGUCGUCUCGAUCAAAAACAGCUUCCGAAGAAAACAUUUCAGAGAAAUUCACCCAACGUGCUCAGGAGGACGAUUCCAAGAAUUACCGAUCAACCGAUCGGUCGAGUUUGCGCAGCGAUAAGCAGAACACGGAAGGCGCUCGAUUCUAUUUCGGCCUGGGACUGAUACUGGUUUUCGUUUGGUUCAUUUACUACAACUACUCACAGAUUCCUCGCCAGCUGGAGCUGGAACGAGACGCUGCGCUCGAAAGGCAGAGGAGGGCCGCUGCCAGCCAGCCCCCACAACGUAGUCCGUUUGAUGACGCAUAAAAAAGCAAGAAAGAGUAGUAAUUUCUUGUGGUUCGCAAAAAAACUGUUAAACAGCUGUCAUUAUCGCGUUCAAACAACGAUUGUUAAGAUGUUUUCCGAUGCAACACAGAGUGAUUGUUUCGACUGUAGGGAAUUCCCCAAAUUUGACCGUCUUGUGAUCUAUUCUUAUCUUCAAAUUUUACGAACAAUGUAUGGAACGAAUAAAGAAGGUUGAAACAAUGCUGCUGGCAUUCAAACACUUAACAAUCGUUGUUUCACUGGAUGACUUCUCCCCUGUUUCCGGAUAAAC